AUGGCAGCUCGCAUAACGUGCGCACCUAAGCGUUAUCUUUUACAGUUUGCACAUGAACAUCUGGAUUUUAGACUCCAGGAGGUCAAAUCUGUGAUCUCUAUGCUGGGAUGUGGAGCAUUGCUGAAGGAGAAAGAAGUGGACAAUGGGAGCCCUUUCUUAGAAAUAGAACUGCCAAGUGAGAAAGAGGCCAAAGCAGUCAUGCAGAGAACAGUGUUGGGCAAGAGGCUUUAUGAGUUAUGGGCAGAGGGCACAACAGUGUCCGAAGUGGUCUCAAAGCUCCAGAAAUUGCCAGAUGGAUUUAUAAAACCAUACACAGAUGAAAAUUCAAGUUUCCGUAUUGUGGUGGAAACAUUCAACAAAAAAAUUAGCAGUGCUGACAAAGUUCGACGUAUCGAGCAACUACUGACAGAGUCUACCUGUAUAUUGAAGGGAAAAAUCAACCUGUCGGUGCCUGACAAUAGUUUUCACCUGCUCGAGUUCUACAAGUUUGAUUCUAUUACAUCCCCAAAUGAACCCCAGAAAGUUUACUUUGGCCGAUGGGUUUCUGAUGGUCAGAGAGAUUGGAUCAGAGAGUAUCAUUUACAGAACAGACAUUUCAUAGCUAACACCAGCAUGGAUGCCUGCCUUUCAAUGGUGAUGGCCAACCUGGCACAGGUUAAAGAGAAUGAUUUUGUAAUUGACCCCUUUGUGGGUUCAGGUAGUUUGCUUGUCUCUAGUGCACAUUUUGGAGCGUAUGUCAUUGGCACUGACAUUGACUAUUUACUUCUUCAUGCAAAAGCACGACCGAGCCGAGCCAAGCAGAAGACAAGGUCCGAGGAUGAGAGUGUGCAAAGCAACCUGCGACAGUAUGGGCUAGAGAAUAAGUACAUUGAUGUGCUGGUUGCAGAUGCAUCUUUACAGAAAAUGUGGAGAGAUGGUUGGAAGUUUGAUGCUAUCAUCACUGAUCCUCCUUAUGGAAUCAGGGAAUCAGCAUCGAAAAUUGUCAGAAGGGAUCUACAAGAGGAAGCAGAAGAUUAUGGUGCAGCCCACUACCCUCAGAAGACCAAUUACCAGCUGGGAGAUAUCUUCAAGGACCUGCUCAACUUUGCUGCCAAGUUCUUGUGUAUAGGAGGCCGCCUGGUCUACUGGUUACCCAUCUACAGACCAGAUUACUGUGAGUCCAAUAUCCCACAACAUCCUUGCCUGGAGGUAAGAUUCAACUGUGAACAGCCGUUGAGUACCACAAUCUCAAGGAGACUGAUCACCAUGGUCAAAGUUUGUGAGCACCAGGAAGUCUCUGAGCCUCAGGGAGCAUCUAUUGAAGUUGAUCACUACGAGAUGCUGACUUUUAGACAAAAGUAUUUUAAAGCUACCUCAGCUGCAGUCAAUAAUUCCCUGCAGGUGAAGGUGCAGAAAACAUGA